AUGGAAGUAGAAGCAGCCCAGUUGAAAAUGGAGCAUAUCGAUUCUUUUAAUGCCAACUCCGUCGGCCUUGCCCUCUUAAUUCCAAUGGAUUCCUCGGGCUACAACGAAGCCCCGGGAACUGGGACAGGCAUUCAAAGGCGAAAUCGGAAGCCAGUCUCCUGUACGCCCUGCAGACAGAGAAAGUUGCGAUGUGAUCAGGCAUUGCCAGUCUGUGACAGUUGUGUCCGCCGAGGAAUCGUGAUGUCGUGCUCUUACCAGUACCGCCGGGUGGGACUUCAGAGGCAUUGGUCGUCAUCGCAUGGAAACUCGAGCAGUGUGCAAAGUCGUAUGGAUCGAUUAGAACAGUUGAUUUUGGCCUUGAUGAAUCAAAAAGGACCUUCAGUAGGGGAUCCGGCAAACAAUCUAGUUAUCACGCAUCGAGAUGUCCAAGCUCCACGUUAUGAAGUGCCCAAGGAGGAACUUCUUUCAAAUCGAAGAGUUGGCCCUACGACGACUCGGAUAUUUCGAACGGACACUGACAAUGGUGUCCCUUACACCGUCGGAGAGGCCCCAUGGGCUGCGCUGCUGAAUGAGAUUCACGAGGUCCGCGGUUACCUUCAGACACAACAGAAACAAUACGAGUCCCAGUCGCAGAAGAUUUCUCAGCGGUUGAAACAGACACCAGAGGAUUCAGGUCCAUCUUUGCUUUUUGGGACUUCUCAAUCAUCAGGCCAUGGGGAAAUACUCUCACAUGUCCCUUCUCGAUACAUAUGCGACUUAUUGCUGGAGCGCUAUUUCAAGACCUUGGAUCCCGCACUUCAUAUCCUUCAUUCUCCUACGUUUCAAAAACAGUACGAGGAACAUUGGGAAAAUCGUAGUCGAGCACCCGUUAUUUGGAUUGGCUUACUAUUUGCCAUGAUGCGUAUUGCGGCAAUCUCAUGGCAACGUGAUGGAGAUGAGCCAUUGGAAUUCCGGGGAAAAGCUCAGGAUUUGAGCAGUUCAUACCGUACACGAGUGACAGACUGCAUAUUAUUGGCUGAUUACACAAAGCCACAGGAUUUCUUAAUUGAAACAUUAGCUCUUCAUCUAUAUGGAGAAUAUGCAUCACAUCGAGAUGCCGAUUCUAGCACUUGGGCUCUACUUGGCUUCAUAAUCCGCCUAGCUAUGCGAAUGGGGUACAUUCAAGAUCCAGACCGUUUGGCAUCUCUCAGUCCAUUUCAGGCAGAAAUGAGACGCCGAGUGUGGACCUUUGUUCGGCAGGCUGAUAUCUUUUUCUCAUUCCAACAUGGGUUUCCAUCCAUGAUCAAGGUUGAAGCAACCAAUGGAGGUCUACCUCGAAACAUCUACGAUGAAGAUUUUGGACCUUCUAGGAUUGAGCUUCCUGCUCCACUUCCGGAUUCAGAAGCGACCCCAAUCUCGUAUCUCAUAUGUAAAGCUAGGUUAGCCCUAGACUUGGCCCGCGCCUUGAAAGAGCUUAACCGAGAAGAUAUACCCCCGCCAUACGAGAGAGUACUGGAGAUUGAUCGCAGCAUUCGGGAGACCUACGCUAAGGUACCCGAGUAUUUCCGGCUACGGUCUAUGGCCGAGCAAGAACAUGAUCAACCAUCUCUGAUUGCCGCUCGGUUUACCCUUGCAAAUGUACACCACAAAGCAUUAUGUGUGGUUCACAGUCGCUUAUUGGAAGCCGCUAGGGUAGAUACCAGAUUUAUUAGCUCGCGUCGAGCUUGCCUUGAAUCCGCCAUGGCUCUAUUAAAUCUGCAGGCCAUCCAACAUCAAGAAAUUAGGGCAGGUGGGCAGGUGAGGAGUCUAACAAAGUAUAUGACCUCCCUGAACGCCCACGACUACCUGCUUGCAGCUACCAUUUUGUGCAGGGAGCUAUUCAUUGACCAUAGAAGGCCUCCCCUCCCUUUCGCGGUCAGCGGUCCCACACGAAACGAGAUGAUUGAAUCGCUAGACCGGAGUGCAGCUAUAUGGAGUCAGAUGCGCGACAAAAGCAUAGAAGCUUAUAAAGCGAGUGAUGUCCUUGGUAUGUUACUGCAAAAACUACGACAUCCAAAUAAUAACCUGCAAGAGGUCACUCCUCAGUUUCGUGGUUACUCGGAUCUUUCUACUGAGUAUAUUCCAGAAAUAAGGAAUACGCGAAACUCAGCGCAGAUGCGUCUAAAAACUGCUAUUGACGAUGGGGCGAUGGCAUUUGCCUCGCCCCGAGAAUAUGCCCCAAGAGAUCAAUUGUCCUCUACAGAAGCCACGACUGUCAGCAGAGCGACACCUAUCGUUGCCACUAUGCCUUUAGUCCCAGUGCAAUCCAGGUUUAGUUUCUCCAAUGUGGAUUACCCCAGUUUUCAAGAUCCUGUAAGAAGUUGCCAUCCCUACCAAAGAAAGAGUGUCUAUCUAAUCUGUUUUGCUGCAGCUUGUAACGUGGGAACAGUUCGCUGCACCGUUAGAUUUUGGCGAUCCUUUAUCAACUUUAUGGGAGUUAGAUACAAAUCGGUAGGUCACUUACUGGUGAAAUAG